CAAUUUGAGUGGAUUAAGUUGAAAAACCAAAACCAAACUCUCUCAAUUCUCUCCAUUUUUCUUCAUACAGGUACAUGAGAAUGUUGGACACGGUUCUGUUGGUCCUUAAGCAUUGAAAUAAUCAAGAGCUGAUAUUGUUCUUUAUUUGGAAAGUUACAGAUUUAUAACAAGUUUUGUUUGUUUGGAGUAAUAGAAAAGACUCUUGAGGAAAUAUGAAAUUCUAGGGAGAGAUAGAGAGAGAGAGAGAGAGGUGUUUCAGUUGAGGUUCUUGACUUUGGUGUUUUUUCAUUUUAUCUCUAAUCAUAUAAUAUUAUUUGAAGAGUCUCAGCCUUCUAGAUAUCUUGGAUUCAUCUACAAACUUCUAUUUGUACAAGCAGCCAUAAUUGGAUGAUUUGAAUGGAAUUGUUCACAUCUGUUGAAGUUUCUAAACUGGGUUUUGCUGAUAUUUAAAUUCUAAACAGCAAAAGCUGUGAUUUCUAUAAUUGUAUUUAAGCUUUUCAAGCAAAGGGUACUUUCUAUUUAAGAAGUGGAGCAUUCUGAGAUUGGAAUUCUGAAAGAUUAUUGCUCAUAAGAUCAAACCACAGAUUGAAAAUAUUGAAGUUGCAGAAAGUGAGAGCCAGCCAUUGAAUCUGCUACAAUUCCCAGUUCAGGUUAAAGAUGGGCUCCACUUGUAAAACACAAUUGGGUGUGCCUCUAAUUUUCUUGGUCAUCGUUAUAUGUUCGAACUUCAUUGCAGCACAAACAAUUCAAACCAAUGGUUCUGAGCCAGGUACUAAUUUGCUUGAAACAAACAAUGACUCACUGUCAGAUGACACUGUGAGGGUGGAUCCUCUAGACCAUUUCAAGAAAUACAGAGGAGGAUAUGAUAUCACAAACAAGCACUAUUGGAGUUCAACAGCAUUUACAGGAGUUUAUGGAUACGUCAUUGGGGUGCUCUGGCUUCUGGCUGGAAUCAUAUAUGGAAGCAUUCUUCUAGCAAAUACUUACUGUUGCAAAACUAGAAAGAAGGGGAAUCUCAAGAAAAAAUUGCCUUGCCAUAAACAAUGUUACUUUUGGCCUAUUCUCCUGGCUAUUCUAUUCACUGUCUUGGCAAUAACCGCAUCUGGGUUAGUUCUUGGAGGGAAUGUAAAAUUCCGAUCACGAGCGAGAACUGUGGUGGACAUCAUCAUUGACACAGCAGAUGGAGCAUCAGGAACAUUAUUUAACACAACAGGAGCAAUGAAAGAAAUAAGAGAUAGUAUAGCAGAAUCUAAUGUAAGUGCAGAGGCAGAGCAGGCUUCCAGUUUCCUUACCUCCACAUCAGAGAAACUCGAUGAUCAAGCUGCUGAUAUUGACAGGCAUGCUAGGAAAAAUAGGCGUCUGAUUAUGAAAGUUCUCAAGAUAGUGUAUAUAAUAACAACAGUCACUAUUUCCUUGAACCUGGCUGCUGUGAUUUCUCUUUCAGUUUGUGGAACACUGCGCCUACGCCGAGCUCUUAACCUGCUUAUUGUACUCUGUUGGAUCCUGACUGCUCUAUGCUGGGUGCUCUUUGGCGUGUAUUUCUUCUUAGGAAAGUUCGCAGGAGACACAUGUACAGCUCUUGAAAACUUCCAAGAGAACCCCUACAACAACAGCUUGAGUUCGAUCCUUCCCUGCGAUGAAUUGCUCAAAGCAAAGCCUGUCUUGACUGAUGUCAGUGAAGGGAUCUACAACAUUGUUAACCAGGUGAAUGAAAACAUAUCAGUGGUACAAUUGUGCAAUCCUUUCUCAGGACCACCGGAGUAUCAAUACCAGGCAGAUAAUUGCCCUGCCAAUACAAUUCAAAUUGGGGACAUCCCAAAGAUUUUGGAGCCUCUUACUUGUUCUGGCACCAGCAAUGCAACAUGCAGUGCUGGACAAUUCAUAACAAUUGAUGAUUUCAGAAUAUUGGGAGAUUUCACAAGUUCAAUUCAGAACCUACUAAAUGCAUUUCCGGGCAUGGAAAGCCUGGUAGAAUGCCAAUCUGUGAGUAAUGCAUUUUCUGAAAUCCUUACACACCACUGCAAACCAUUGAAGAAAUAUGCUCGGAUGGUAUGGGGAUCAAUGCUGUUUCUGUCAUUGAGCAUGGUGUUUCUGGUUCUGAUAUGGACAGUUCAAGCUCAUCAUGAACAAGAAAACCAUUCUUUAGAUGGUUCUGUGAAACCACAUUCUUCUGCAGUGAAAGAAGUGGAAUCAGCAGAAAGCAAAGUAGCAAAAGAUAGCUCAAAUUAUGCAUAGUUUAUUAGUCUACAGACUGCCAACAUUUUUCCAGCAUAAUAUACUCCUCCUGGAAGAUCUCUGCGCAAGCAGGAUUUCCAGCAGAAAUUGGCAGUAGGAUCAAGAUUUCAAGAUACAGAUUGUAUAGGCAGACAUACAAGAAGAUGGAAGAAAUCGAGAAGAUUAUAGAGAUUGAAUUUAUCUAUGCAGGGGAGGGUCAAAGUUGGAGAAGAAUCAGAAUUUUUUUUAUAGAAGGGAAGUCAUACAGAAAUUUUUUAUUUCUUUGAUUGGUAUAAGAUCAAAGCCUGGGGACCAACCCCAUUAUAGUAUGCAAAUUAAAUUAUUUAAACAAUAAUAUAAAGUCCAAUUCAGUUGAUUGAA